CCUCCCACCGCUGGAACAGCUGCAUCAAGUCAGUCGAACACAGGCAAGAAACACCGGAAGUGGUGCUCUGCCUUCAAAGUAAAGGGAGAGAAUGUGACACGAUCGGGUGGAAGGGACGAGUAUCGGAGGGAUUAGAACAGGAUUUGUUCGACCUAAAACAUCUGAUGGAGGGGACAGCCUCAACAAAGAAGACACAGGCAGCUACAAAAUGCAAAUGCAAAGUGAAUAACAUUUCCCCUGAAUUGUAUCUUUAUUUUGAAACGUGCAACUGGAUAUGACUUUGUAUAUUGGCUGGCUUCACGUUGAUGUCGCUGUACAAAACAUACAGUGUAGACCUGCCAGCUCCGCGUUUAUGAACUCAUCUCCUCCGGAUCAGCCUUUAAACACCACCCUGAGGUAUGGAGUGUUUGUAGUGGAGGAGCAGGAUCACACACACACACACUGGAUACUUUCAUCACACUCUUUUGGACUUGGACACUCCUUUUUCUGUUUGUGUUUGUAUGUUCGCUGGAUGUGGAUCACAUUCAGGAGGGAUCCCAGCAGACAUCCCCUGGUGGUUUGUGUUUAGGAAAUGGCAACUGCUCUCAGUGGCCGAAACCCCGGCGGACGUGGACAACAGCGAAGUAAGGGUCGGAUUUUAGGUAUCAUUGACGCCAUCCAGGAUGCAGUGGGACCUCCGAAACAAGCAGCCGCCGACCGCAGGACUGUGGAGAAGACCUGGAAACUCAUGGAUAAAGUUGUCCGGUUGUGCCAAAAUCCCAGACUCCAGCUAAAAAACAGUCCUCCAUACAUCCUGGAUAUCUUACCUGACGCCUACCAGCACCUGCGGCUUAUACUGGGCAAAUAUGAGGAGAACCAGAGACUGGCACAGCUCAGUGACAAUGAGUACUUUAAAAUCUACAUCGAUAGCCUUAUGAAGAAAUCCAAACGGGCCAUCCGGCUCUUCAAAGAGGGAAAGGAAAGGAUGUAUGAGGAGCAGUCACAGGACAGGAGGAACCUGACCAAGCUGUCUCUGAUCUUCAGUCACAUGUUGGCUGAAAUCAAAGCCAUCUUCCCUGGAGGACAGUUCCAUGGGGACAUGUUCAGGAUCACCAAGGCUGAUGCCGCUGACUUCUGGAGGAGAUUUUUUGGAGAAAAGACAAUAGUGCCAUGGAAAGUCUUCCGACAGUGCCUUCACGAACUGCAUCCCAUCAGCUCGGGCCUGGAAGCCAUGGCCCUCAAAUCCACCAUCGAUCUCACCUGCAACGACUACAUUUCUGUGUUUGAGUUUGACAUCUUCACACGUCUUUUCCAGCCAUGGGGAUCAAUUCUGAGAAACUGGAAUUUCCUAGCAGUGACACACCCCGGGUACAUGGCCUUCCUUACCUAUGAUGAAGUCAAAGCCCGACUGCACAAGUACAUCAACAAGCCUGGAAGUUACAUCUUCAGACUGAGUUGUACUCGGCUGGGCCAGUGGGCCAUCGGUUAUGUGACUAAUGAUGGGAACAUACUGCAAACCAUCCCCCACAACAAGCCACUGUUCCAGGCCCUCAUCGAUGGCUACAGGGAGGGCUUCUACUUGUUCCCUGAUGGUCGCAGUUACAAUCCUGACCUCACUGGUUUAUGUGAGCCGACGCCUCAUGAUCACAUCAAAGUCACACAAGAACAGUAUGAGCUCUACUGCGAAAUGGGCUCCACCUUCCAGCUUUGUAAGAUCUGCGCUGAGAACGACAAAGAUGUCAAAAUCGAACCUUGUGGUCACCUGAUGUGCACUUCCUGUCUUACAGCUUGGCAGGAAUCAGAUGGUCAGGGUUGUCCGUUCUGCCGUUGUGAGAUCAAAGGCACAGAGCCCAUCAUUGUGGAUCCCUUUGACCCACGAAAUGAGGGCACCAAGUGCUUCUUCCUGGACCAGCACAGCUGCCACAUGCUGGAGCUGGAUGACGAGGAAGACCGAGAGGACUGCCUGGUCAUGAAUGGACUUGCCAACAUCAGGAAGCACUGUGCCGAGCGCCAGAACUCCCCCAUGGUGUCUCCCAGCUCUUCACCUGUCAGCCAACACAGGAAAGCCCAUAUAGGGGACCCCGGUCAUUGCGUCCAGCACCUUGGCCUUCCUCCUGUCCCGCCACGACUUGACCUCAUCCAGAAAGGGGCCAUCCGCUCCCCGUCUGCCAGUCCCACUGCCUCUCCAAAGUCUUCACCAGGCAUGUCCAGGAAGCAGGACAAGCCUCUCCCAGCCCCACCUCCCCCUCAGAGGGAUCCACCUCCACCGCCUCCACCUGAGCGACCUCCUCCCAUUCCUCCAGAGUCACGCCACUCUUGGCUUCCCAGUUCCUCUUCCACGUCCUCUUCUACUGGGGCACUGUCAGACAACCAGAUGACCCCUGAGACACGCUGUACCAAAGACAACCAUUUGGCAGAUGCCCACAGGCCUGGACUAGAACACCAGCUCCAGCUGGGACCUGCCGGCCCCUCUCACCUGAACGGAAGACCCCUCAGUUGUCCGUCUGCAGGAUUUGGAAGGUUACAUCACAGAAUGGAGGGGACAGGAAACCGAGAGAGCUCAAAGCCCUUCUCUAAUGGCGUGCCAGUCAGUGAUGAGUAUGAUAUCUUUCCUUCAAGGCUCUCGCCAAGUCAGUCCUCACUUGCCAGUAGCCACAAAGCCUCCAACCCUUUCAGUAGUCCUGUGCAAGAAAGACAGCAGAGGGCGAUGGAGAGGCUGGAGGAUGACUAUCAAGUCCCUUCAUCCAACCUCUGUCUGAGCCAGGCUCCAAUCUGCAUCUCUGUGCCCAGCAGGCACUUGGAGAAUGGCUCCACAGAACCCUGCACUGAGGAGAAGAAGCAGCAGUUCCCUGAGACUGGUAGACACUCAGAAUCGGUCAGGGAGUUGGUCCCGGGGGCAGCAAAUACUGACCUCUGCUCCUUCAACACCAACCAGUCACCCUCCAACUAUGACAUCCUGCUGCCCCCCCAAGCAUUAGAAGAGCUCUUCAACAGCCGCCCUCCAUCCCAGCCUCCCCCUCCUCCUCCUCCUCCGCCGGCGCGACACAGCUUUACUGACCUCUUCUCAUCUCUGCCGUCCUCAUCCUGCAACUCGUCCACGUCCUCCUCCACCUCUGUUAUCCCACGACCACACAGGCCCUCCUCCGGACAUUUACUGUUAACCCCUGACACAGUGUUUGACAUGCUGAACAGUGCUGCUCCCCUGCCUCCAGUCCGACGACACACAGAAAAUGUUAAAGGCUCCAGAGGCUGCCUUGAAUACGACCAUUUACCAGUAUUGAUGGACUGUUCGCAGGCCCCUGCCAGGCCACCCAAGCCACUGCCCAGGAAGAUCCCUCCAGACAUCCAGCCAGGCAAACCCCACAGCAUGGAGUCCGAGACCGUAGACGCCAAGAUCGCCAAGCUGAUGGGAGAGGGUUACUCCUUUGAAGAUGUGAAGCGGGCGCUAAUGAUUGCCCAGUACAAAGUGGACGUGGCCCGAAACAUUCUGCGAGAAUUUGCCUUAGUGGCCCCGAGACUGAACCUCUAGUCCUUGAGACGGUGAAAGGGGAGCACAAGAAUGAAGCUGUGCCUCUGAAUGCACUCAACAAAAAGAGCUUCUCCGUUCUCCUUGGCCUCAGACCAUUGGAAAAACCUAUGGUCAUCAGAGAAAAGAACGAUUUCAAGAAUGAUUUGCCUUUUGUUGCCGAACAGAGAUGACGAUGCACAACAAAGUGGCUAAAACCAAAUCAUGUCAGAACUUAGAGAAUGAAAAGUGAUUUAAACCUGUGAAAAAAAGAAACAGGCUUGUUGUCGUUUAUAUUGAGCUUUGCCAGGGCUGGCUUCUGGUUUUCAAAUGCUCUGGUUUGAAUUGGACUGCUGGACUGGCUAUUUGAAAGCCCCGAUCCUGCUACUGCUGCUAAUGUUCCUUUCACAUCCUGUCACCCUCCAGUCAGUAUUUUGAAGGGCUUUUCAAAAGAGCUAGACAUUUCCUGCCCAGUUUAGCCUCCACGCUCACACAGUUAUAAGUGAUCAUUUGUAUUUACAGCCAGUGGGGGGAGCCAGACUCCACUGUUUCUCUAAUUGUAUUUCUCACUCGCCACUUGGCGCUGUCUCCUACUUCUUCCUGUUCUUUGCCUUGUGUGUUGCCCAUCAGAGAAUACUCCACUGUUUGCACAGUCUGGCUGAUGCGUAGGUCUUAACAAGGUCUGGUGAGUUGGGAGUGGAUAGAUGGAGCCAGAGGAUGCCUUAUUGAUUCACUUGUUUCCCCCAGACCUUCACAAAACCGCACCACAGCUCCAGAGGAGCACUCUUGUUAGACUUAUUUUGACAAGAAGUGUAAAGCAACAAGAGAGAGUGUGUGUUUGUGUUUGUGUGUGUGUGUGUGUGUGUGUGUGUGUGUGUGUGUGUGUGUGUGUGUGUGUGUGUGUGUGUGUGUGUGUGUGUGUGUGUGUGUGUGUGUUUCUGUUCUUCGACCAGAGGAUUAAUCAGCUGAGGCCUUUUUUAAUUACAUUCUUCAUCUGAGGAUAGCAAGCCUCUGAAUGUAUUUGUUCUGCAUGAGUGAGCUAUACCUUUGUACACUCUGCUUCCUCUCAGACCCGGUGUUGCCCUAAAGUGAUUAAGUGGUUUAAAUUGUUCAGUGUUUGUGGAAAAGGUUUAAAUCCUCCUCAAUUACUUCAAGUCAAAAGCCAGACAUUUGUGCCUGCAUUUUAACUCAAGCAUUUAAAUGACAGGAGUGAACCUGUUGUGUAGAUCAGCGAGCCAGACAUCGUGUGUUAGAGCUCUGAGGUGACGGUGCUCAUUAGUCGUCACGCUGCAGAUUCCUAUCUCCACUUCAAAAAACAGCCAUCAUUGUGGAAGUGGCCACAUUGUCCCCACAUGAAGAACGCUCACUCUGAUGUGGAGUGCAAGUCACUGACAGCUCCGCAGCAGUUCUUCUUUUUCUUAUUAUCUCAGAUUCUUCUGUAAACACAACAGACCUGAACUGCACAGCUUUCAAACUAUGAGAGCUGUCAUAUGCACCUUCAGAAUCAGCUGUAUUUCUCCCUAAUAUGUCACCUAUGCAUAUAGUGGAUUAGCUCAAACGUAAAACAGUGAUGUUGUUAUUCCCUCAGUAAGAGGGAAGACGGGGGCUAUGUUUACAUGAAUGAUACUCUUUCCUUUUUAUUCAUUCUAUUUUCAUAGCAAUUAGGCAACCAGUUCAUUUCAAUAUAUAAUUCUGGACUGGAGUUAGGUGUUGAUCUAUGGAAACACGGUGCCAACAAAGUCUCAGGCAGUCUGUCCACAGAGCACCAGUGAGUCCUGAUGAUCGACAAGCUCCAUUCAGAGGACGCACAGCAUCUUCAACCCAAACCUGUCUUAUCAAACGCUCACAAGCCAGACUUCUUUCAAACAACUGGGUUUACAGAUCUCAGCAAUUUGGAGAGUACAGUGUUAUUCUUACUGAUGGAAAGGAUACCAUAACAACAGCAAAGAGACUCGAGCAGUAAAAGAAAGGAAAUCACUUCAAGGUGAUUUGUGUAGUUUCCUCCGUCGCUGAAUGGGACUUGUCAGGAGUGCUUGUAGUUUGCCACCACAGUGAAGAGAUGGGUCAGAGGCAGCUGGUUAAAAUGCUAACAUUGAUAGAUAUGGAAGAAAAACAAGCUUUAAAAUUGGUGUUGUUUUCCACAGCUGGAUACAGAUAGUGAGUGAAGGAAAGAAGUUUGAUGAUGAACAUUUCCUCUUGCUUCAACAACAGUCACAAAAAGGUUGGUUUCAGAAAAAGAAAUGAUUGUGUAUUAGAAUUUAUUGUCUGGUAAAUGAUGGGCUAGCAGAGAUUGACAGCUUACAUACUUACUUUGCUUAAUGACAGUACAAUGUGAUGUGUUGAUGUGGUGUUAACUAUGGUGUCUAACUACUGUGUAACAGGACUGUAGUACGGUUUAUUGUCGUAACGGUUGAUGGAGCCAACUGAGCUGGAGACUGAAUGUUGUUUAUGAUCAAAUAAGAAGUCAGAGCAGACUGUUUGGACCGUGUUUGGACUCCCUUGUUUAGUGAGUGAGUCCAGCUUAAUACACACUUAGAGAACGACGCAGAGCAUUGACCCAUUUUCACCUCCACGCUCAUUUUUCCUGAAGCCAUUCUAAGGCUCUCAAAAUCAAUUUGGAAAGACAUAUUGAGGUUUUCUUCACAGAGGGGCUUUAAACUGCUAAUUGAAUAUGUCUGUGAUCGAGCUUCCUCCAACCACAGAAAACAGAGAGCUUCUGAUCAAGUAUUGAAUAGUGUGGCUGCUAAGAUGGAAAUGAAAAGGUUCAGUUGGGACAUCUUGAUAAUACAGCAGGAGGAAGUCAGAAUCCCAGUUCUAAUAACACAGCUCACGUCUGCAUAAUGUGAUGGUGUGAAUUCAAACAUGAAAGUACUGUUUGCCUGAGUGAUGUGUUCAUCUGUGCAAAUAAGCCAGGCCUCUUCACAGGCUUCUCCUAAUUACAAUAUGAUCUAAACCCCGAUCGAUAUUUAGAUCUUAAAUGGACUGAAUUUGUAUGGUGCUUUAGAGCCAGUCUUAUCGACCACACUUGCUUUACAGUACACUUCGCAUUUACUCACUGAUACUUACACAUACAUUCUGUGGUUCUUUAUCACACAUUUAUUCGUACACUGUCACCACAGCCAUCAGGGACCAUCCCUCUCUACCUCCUGAGCCACAGCCACUCUAAAACCAGCUCAGUGACCAGGUCAGUUGCUGUGUGCAUAGGUGGGUGUAACCCUCUGAGAACCAUACAGCACUGUGUAAUCAGGACCAAAUAACCAUGAGUGAACGUGCUCUUAAAGUCUACAACGUGGAAGUCACAAAACGCAUACUGUUUUAUUAUCUCAGUCACUGUGACAGAAAACAGACAAUGGACGACUCCUCGUCUGACCCACAUCCCUCCACCCAUUCGUCCCACUGUCAUCUCUCCCUUUCUUUUCUGAGCAGCACUUUAAAGGAGGGCUGCAGUUUAAAAUGUACAUAUGUUAAUAACAUGGCCUAGGACAGUCCAGAGAGAGUUUGUGAUAAUGAGCGUUGCUGUGCGCAAGAUGGAAGUCUGAGAAGCACGUCUCUAAUCAGUGGGUCCACAGUUUAAACACAUUCACAAAACCUUGUUUACCACCAUCAUGCUGUAUUUUAAUGCAGCACACCAGUAAAGUAUGUCAACAAAACAAAAACACACAUGUAACUGUAUAAUUAGGCACUUAGAUAAUACCUAGUCAUCAGCUAAGCAGCUUUAUACUCCUUGAUUUACAUUUCAACAAUUAUGUGGUGUUUAUAUUACGCUUUUUGUACUGAAGCAGAAAAAGAAUUCUGCCAGACUACUCUCCUUGUCCAACUCACAGAGUAGAGCAUUGCUAAUGUCUGGUUUAUUUCCAGUACAAAUAGGGAAUUCAGAUGUGAAAAUCAGUGGCAUUCCCCUUAACCUCUGCACUGUUGUUACUUUUAUUUUCUCAAACUUGAACAACCCUGAUCUCAGAAUUGUCCAUUCUAUUGGACUCCCUGUUGAUGAGGGUAGGUGGCCUUAGGUUGCAAAGAGCAGUUUUUAUUAUCAAAUUUACGUAUUCAUAGUCAAAAAUGUGUUGAUAAUAUGUAAAGCAAAGAGUCAUGGACGAUUAAUUUAUACAUCAUUGUUUUUUUUUCUUUUCUUGAAAUAUUUUCAUGGACAAGUAAAUAAAAAAGUUACAAUCC